AUUGGCAUCAGUUGGAAUGACUAUAAAGAGGAGGGAUGAACUACCAAGAAUGGGAUUGUAUCAUCAACAAACACUUGCACAUUCACACUCACACUUGUAAACACAACAAACAUCCAACCCGUUCAAACAAAACAGUUCCAAACCCAUCACGACCACCACCAUCACGUGACCACCUCAGGACCAACCUGCACCCUACCACCAUCAAAAAUCACCAAAAUGCCCUCUCCCAUCAAGCUUUUGGCCCUUUCCGCCAGCGCCGUCUCUGCUGCCGUCCACGUCGUCAAGGUCGGAGAGAAUGGUCUAAACUUCACUCCUGCUCAGACCUCCGCCAAGGUUGGAGACACGGUAGAGUUCCAUUUCUAUGAAGGCUUCCACUCCGUUGCCCAGAGCAGCUUCGCCAAGCCCUGUGAGCCCAUCAACAGCACUGCCUUCUUCAGCGGUGACCAGAAUGUCAAGACCAAGGUCAGCGACAAGGUCUUCACCAUCGAGGUCAAGACUGAGGAUCCCAUCUGGUACUACUGCGCUGUCCAGGGACAUUGUCAAGGAGGAAUGGUAGGAGCGAUCAAUGCUCCUACCAGCGGUGCUAAGAGCUUUGACAACUACGCCAAGGCCGCCGCCGACUCUGAAGAUAGCUCUGCCCCCAAAUCUACCGGAGGUGGUAAGUUUGGCGCCGCUGAGACAGGAAGCGCCUCAGGUUCUGCCUCUGGUACCGCUACCGCCACUGCUACAGAGAGCGGAACUGCUGCCAGCGCUUCAGCAACCGAGAGCGGUAACGCUGGUAUUGAGGCUCGAGGACAGAUCCAAUGGGGUCUUAUGAGCGGUGCCAUUGCUGCUCUCUUUGGCGGUUUGAUGAUGUAGGAGAAUCUCCUGCCAGUCAAUGUUGUGUUAUGAUUCCAGCCCCAGAGGCAUUAUGUUUGUUUCAGCUAGCGAGUUACUAGUCAUGGAACAUUAUGUAUGUAUAAACGCAGAUAGACCAUCUCCUGCAAGGAGUAAUAUGAAUAUAUACCCUCACUUCCACAAGCC